AUGUGGAACAUCAUACAUCUUAUUCUCGUAUUGGCUCUACUUACAAAGGAUGUUCAAUGUCCAGGUGGUGGUGGUGGUGGCGGAGGAGGAGGUGGUGGUGGUGGAAGUGGUACUCGUGGUAAGUUACAAGUGAAACCAUCACAAGUGAAUACUGAUUUUAUUCGUCGAGAUUCUUUAAAAUAUCACAACUAUGAACGAUUUCCAUUUCAAACCGGCACCUGGUCUUUUCGAUACUUUCAAUAUGGAAAAUGGCAUGGACCUUAUCGAAUGACACUCACAUUUGAUUCCUAUUUAGGCGAAAUCACUGGUCAAGGAACAGAUGAUGUCGGUGAUUUUACUACCGAUGGUAUUUUUUCUUCGAAAAAUCUUCGACUGGCACUAACACAGAGUUAUCUAGAAGGAACAGGAAAUCCAAACGAGAAUCUCGGUCAUAAAUCGAUUAUACAAUUGACUUGGAAUUCAGAUGAAGAUCAAUUUAAAGGAAAAUGGUAUGUUCGAACAUACAAAUAUAAUGGAGAUGGUUUGUUUGAAUUGAAAUUAGAAAAAUCUUCAGAAUCUUUGCUGAACAAAAAUACUGAAUGCUAA